GGCCAUAUGACGGCAUGAAUUGCCGCGGCCGGCUAUACUCGCUGAACGGUUGCGUUAAAGCUGCACCCGCCAACCCUUGGAGUUUAAAGGUAAUUAGUAAAAGGGCCUCGCUUUAUAUGCAAGGAAGGCACGGUUGCAAUGGGCUAGGCUCCAUGGGCUUACUUCUUCGCGCCGGUUCGCGCCAUGGCCGUACAGAUUGACAAAUGUUCUGCGAUGCAUGCGUUAUGCCGGACGGAAUUACGAUCACUUGUUAUCCUGAACAGAUAUAAAAAGCAAGAAGUAAGUCUUUUACCCAACACAUCGUGAUUCGGGAUUAACGCUAUCUAUCAAUAGUUCUUCGGUACAAGCAUAGACUCCAUCCCGUUUAGGCCAAUACAGUACGCGCCAAGUGUCAUCAAGCGACUACACCCUCUAAGGCUUCUCGAUCAUCCACUUAUUAGCAUCCCAAAGCGAGCCUAUCAACCUCUGGCCUCUUCACCAAGUUCCUCGUCUCAACUUUGCCUAAACUUCACUACACUGCAGCAAGUCGACGUAUCCGUGGCAGUCUGCGAUAUGUCGAGCCCAACCCCUAUCGCCUGCCCCUCGCCAGUCAAGGUCGCCAUUAUCCGACUCGAUGAGAACGAUGCCGCGACUACCCUUAGUCCGCUGCCCAUCGUUCCUCCUUCUCCUGCACGUGAGCGGCUUCUGAAGACCGCCAAGUCUCCUGUUGGCAAGCCCACCGCCAAGCCCGCUGCUGCCCCCGGUGUCGGCAAGCCUUCUUCCGCACCUCCCAAGCUCAAGUUGUUUGCGCUGUCCUCCCUCGACCAAAGCAGCCUUCGCUCUCCAGCAUCCGCUUCCGACGCCUCCUCCCCCUCCGACGCCUUCUCCUUCCCCUCCGCCGCCUCCUCGCUCUCGCAGCCUCUUCCCAGCCCUCUGCCCGUCCAACGAGGUCUGCCAUCCGACUACCAGGCCUUCAUCCACGCCUCCCGCUACGCGCGCUGGGUGGAGUCGAAGCGCCGCCGCGAG